AUCUAACAACUCAUUAGUUACUCUCAGUGAUGUACAUAGAGACAUGACGGGAUACUACAAAUGUGAGGUCUCAGCUGAUGCUCCUCUCUUCUAUACUGAUAUGAUGCGAUACUAGAAGUGAUGUUUCAGCAAAGGUAUAAAACAUGUUUCAGAUCUCCAGAUCUAACAACUCAUUAGUUACUCUCAGUGAUGUACAUAGAGACAUGACGGGAUACUACAAAUGUGAGGUCUCAGCUGAUGCUCCUCUCUUCUAUACUGAUAUGAUGCGAUACUAGAAGUGAUGUUUCAGCAAAGGUAUAAAACAUGUUUCAGAUCUCCAGAUCUAACAACUCAUUAGUUACUCUCAGUGAUGUACAUAGAGACAUGACGGGAUACUACAAAUGUGAGGUCUCAGCUGAUGCUCCUCUCUUCUAUACUGAUAUGAUGCGAUACUAGAAGUGAUGUUUCAGCAAAGGUAUAAAACAUGUUUCAGAUCUCCAGAUCUAACAACUCAUUAGUUACUCUCAGUGAUGUACAUAGAGACAUGACGGGAUACUACAAAUGUGAGGUCUCAGCUGAUGCUCCUCUCUUCUAUACUGAUAUGAUGCGAUACUAGAAGUGAUGUUUCAGCAAAGGUAUAAAACAUGUUUCAGAUCUCCAGAUCUAACAACUCAUUAGUUACUCUCAGUGAUGUACAUAGAGACAUGACGGGAUACUACAAAUGUGAGGUCUCAGCUGAUGUUCCUCUCUUCUAUACUGAUAUGAUGCGAUACUAGAAGUGAUGUUUCAGCAAAGGUAUAAAACAUGUUUCAGAUCUCCAGAUCUAACAACUCAUUAGUUACUCUCAGUGAUGUACAUAGAGACAUGACGGGAUACUACAAAUGUGAGGUCUCAGCUGAUGCUCCUCUCUUCUAUACUGAUAUGAUGCGAUACUAGAAGUGAUGUUUCAGCAAAGGUAUAAAACAUGUUUCAGAUCUCCAGAUCUAACAACUCAUUAGUUACUCUCAGUGAUGUACAUAGAGACAUGACGGGAUACUACAAAUGUGAGGUCUCAGCUGAUGCUCCUCUCUUCUAUACUGAUAUGAUGCGAUACUAGAAGUGAUGUUUCAGCAAAGGUUUAAAACAUGUUUCAGAUCUCCAGAUCUAACAACUCAUUAGUUACUCUCAGUGAUGUACAUAGAGACAUGACGGGAUACUACAAAUGUGAGGUCUCAGCUGAUGUUCCUCUCUUCUAUACUGAUAUGAUGCGAUACUAGAAGUGAUGUUUCAGCAAAGGUAUAAAACAUGUUUCAGAUCUCCAGAUCUAACAACUCAUUAGUUACUCUCAGUGAUGUACAUAGAGACAUGACGGGAUACUACAAAUGUGAGGUCUCAGCUGAUGCUCCUCUCUUCUAUACUGAUAUGAUGCGAUACUAGAAGUGAUGUUUCAGCAAAGGUAUAAAACAUGUUUCAGAUCUCCAGAUCUAACAACUCAUUAGUUACUCUCAGUGAUGUACAUAGAGACAUGACGGGAUACUACAAAUGUGAGGUCUCAGCUGAUGCUCCUCUCUUCUAUACUGAUAUGAUGCGAUACUAGAAGUGAUGUUUCAGCAAAGGUAUAAAACAUGUUUCAGAUCUCCAGAUCUAACAACUCAUUAGUUACUCUCAGUGAUGUACAUAGAGACAUGACGGGAUACUACAAAUGUGAGGUCUCAGCUGAUGUUCCUCUCUUCUAUACUGAUAUGAUGCGAUACUAGAAGUGAUGUUUCAGCAAAGGUAUAAAACAUGUUUCAGAUCUCCAGAUCUAACAACUCAUUAGUUACUCUCAGUGAUGUACAUAGAGACAUGACGGGAUACUACAAAUGUGAGGUCUCAGCUGAUGCUCCUCUCUUCUAUACUGAUAUGAUGCGAUACUAGAAGUGAUGUUUCAGCAAAGGUAUAAAACAUGUUUCAGAUCUCCAGAUCUAACAACUCAUUAGUUACUCUCAGUGAUGUACAUAGAGACAUGACGGGAUACUACAAAUGUGAGGUCUCAGCUGAUGUUCCUCUCUUCUAUACUGAUAUGAUGCGAUACUAGAAGUGAUGUUUCAGCAAAGGUAUAAAACAUGUUUCAGAUCUCCAGAUCUAACAACUCAUUAGUUACUCUCAGUGAUGUACAUAGAGACAUGACGGGAUACUACAAAUGUGAGGUCUCAGCUGAUGCUCCUCUCUUCUAUACUGAUAUGAUGCGAUACUAGAAGUGAUGUUUCAGCAAAGGUAUAAAACAUGUUUCAGAUCUCCAGAUCUAACAACUCAUUAGUUACUCUCAGUGAUGUACAUAGAGACAUGACGGGAUACUACAAAUGUGAGGUCUCAGCUGAUGCUCCUCUCUUCUAUACUGAUAUGAUGCGAUACUAGAAGUGAUGUUUCAGCAAAGGUAUAAAACAUGUUUCAGAUCUCCAGAUCUAACAACUCAUUAGUUACUCUCAGUGAUGUACAUAGAGACAUGACGGGAUACUACAAAUGUGAGGUCUCAGCUGAUGUUCCUCUCUUCUAUACUGAUAUGAUGCGAUACUAGAAGUGAUGUUUCAGCAAAGGUAUAAAACAUGUUUCAGAUCUCCAGAUCUAACAACUCAUUAGUUACUCUCAGUGAUGUACAUAGAGACAUGACGGGAUACUACAAAUGUGAGGUCUCAGCUGAUGCUCCUCUCUUCUAUACUGAUAUGAUGUGAUACUAGAAGUGAUGUUUCAGCAAAGGUAUAAAACAUGUUUCAGAUCUCCAGAUCUAACAACUCAUUAGUUACUCUCAGUGAUGUACAUAGAGACAUGACGGGAUACUACAAAUGUGAGGUCUCAGCUGAUGUUCCUCUCUUCUAUACUGAUAUGAUGCGAUACUAGAAGUGAUGUUUCAGCAAAGGUAUAAAACAUGUUUCAGAUCUCCAGAUCUAACAACUCAUUAGUUACUCUCAGUGAUGUACAUAGAGACAUGACGGGAUACUACAAAUGUGAGGUCUCAGCUGAUGCUCCUCUCUUCUAUACUGAUAUGAUGCGAUACUAGAAGUGAUGUUUCAGCAAAGGUAUAAAACAUGUUUCAGAUCUCCAGAUCUAACAACUCAUUAGUUACUCUCAGUGAUGUACAUAGAGACAUGACGGGAUACUACAAAUGUGAGGUCUCAGCUGAUGCUCCUCUCUUCUAUACUGAUAUGAUGCGAUACUAGAAGUGAUGUUUCAGCAAAGGUAUAAAACAUGUUUCAGAUCUCCAGAUCUAACAACUCAUUAGUUACUCUCAGUGAUGUACAUAGAGACAUGACGGGAUACUACAAAUGUGAGGUCUCAGCUGAUGUUCCUCUCUUCUAUACUGAUAUGAUGCGAUACUAGAAGUGAUGUUUCAGCAAAGGUAUAAAACAUGUUUCAGAUCUCCAGAUCUAACAACUCAUUAGUUACUCUCAGUGAUGUACAUAGAGACAUGACGGGAUACUACAAAUGUGAGGUCUCAGCUGAUGUUCCUCUCUUCUAUACUGAUAUGAUGCGAUACUAGAAGUGAUGUUUCAGCAAAGGUAUAAAACAUGUUUCAGAUCUCCAGAUCUAACAACUCAUUAGUUACUCUCAGUGAUGUACAUAGAGACAUGACGGGAUACUACAAAUGUGAGGUCUCAGCUGAUGUUCCUCUCUUCUAUACUGAUAUGAUGCGAUACUAGAAGUGAUGUUUCAGCAAAGGUAUAAAACAUGUUUCAGAUCUCCAGAUCUAACAACUCAUUAGUUACUCUCAGUGAUGUACAUAGAGACAUGACGGGAUACUACAAAUGUGAGGUCUCAGCUGAUGCUCCUCUCUUCUAUACUGAUAUGAUGCGAUACUAGAAGUGAUGUUUCAGCAAAGGUAUAAAACAUGUUUCAGAUCUCCAGAUCUAACAACUCAUUAGUUACUCUCAGUGAUGUACAUAGAGACAUGACGGGAUACUACAAAUGUGAGGUCUCAGCUGAUGUUCCUCUCUUCUAUACUGAUAUGAUGCGAUACUAGAAGUGAUGUUUCAGCAAAGGUUUAAAACAUGUUUCAGAUCUCCAGAUCUAACAACUCAUUAGUUACUCUCAGUGAUGUACAUAGAGACAUGACGGGAUACUACAAAUGUGAGGUCUCAGCUGAUGCUCCUCUCUUCUAUACUGAUAUGAUGCGAUACUAGAAGUGAUGUUUCAGCAAAGGUAUAAAACAUGUUUCAGAUCUCCAGAUCUAACAACUCAUUAGUUACUCUCAGUGAUGUACAUAGAGACAUGACGGGAUACUACAAAUGUGAGGUCUCAGCUGAUGCUCCUCUUUUCCACACCGGUAUUAAAACAUCUUACGUAACUGUGGCAGAGGAACCCUGGACACUGCCUGUCCUCACUGCAGAAAAGUCCAAGUAUAGUCUAGGAGACAAGAUACGGGCUAACUGUACAUCUCUAGGAGGCUACCCUCUCGCCAACCUCACGUGGUAUAUCAACGGCAAACAGGUAACUGUACUGACAUAUUUAUUACAAGUAUAGUCUAGGAGACAAGAUACGGGCUAACUGUACAUCUCUAGGAGGUUACCCUCUCGCCAACCUCACGUGGUAUAUCAACGGCAAACAGGUAACUGUACUGACAUAUUUAUUACAAGUAUAGUCUAGGAGACAAGAUACGGGCUAACUGUACAUCUCUAGGAGGUUACCCUCUCGCCAACCUCACGUGGUAUAUCAACGGCAAACAGGUAACUGUACUGACAUAUUUAUUACAAGUAUAGUCUAGGAGACAAGAUACGGGCUAACUGUACAUCUCUAGGAGGUUACCCUCUCGCCAACCUCACGUGGUAUAUCAACGGCAAACAGG